AUGGCAUCAUCUAUCUCAUCAGAAACAUCCAAUUCUGUCAAGCCAACAUCUUACGUUGGUUUUGACACCAUCACAAACCAAAUCGAACACAGACUUUUGAAAAGAGGCUUCCAAUUCAAUAUAAUGGUCGUGGGUCAUUCUGGUCUAGGUAAAAGUACAUUAAUUAACUCUCUAUUCUCCUCUCAUCUAAUAGAUUCUGAAUCAGCCGAAGAUAUUUCACAGCUGCCAAUUUCAAAGACUACAGAAAUUAAAAUUUCAUCACAUUCACUUAUCGAAGAUAGAGUUCGUUUAAAUAUCAAUCUCAUCGAUACUCCAGGCUUUGGCGACCAAAUAAACAAUAAUAAAGUCUGGGAUCCUAUUGUUAAAUACAUUAAAGAACAACAUUCACAAUAUUUACGUAAAGAACUAACGGCACAAAGGGAAAGAAUUAUUAAGGAUACAAGAGUACAUGCCAUUCUCUACUUUUUAGAACCUUCAUUAUCUUCUAAAGGUAAAGGUCUUACUCCCUUAGACGUUGCUACUUUGAAACGUCUAACAGAAGUUGCUAAUGUUAUUCCAGUUAUUGGUAAAGCUGACACUUUAACAAUUGAUGAAAGAGAAUCAUUUAGACAGCUUUUACAAGACGACUUCAAGAAACAUAGUUUGAACAUUUAUCCAUACGAUUCAGAAGAUUUAACAGAAGAUGAAUUAGGAUUAAAUAGUAGUAUAAGAUCAAUAAUUCCAUUCGCUGUCGUUGGUUCAGAAAAGGAAAUUGAAAUCAACGGUGAAUUAGUAAGAGGCAGAAAAACGCGUUGGGGUGCAAUUAAUAUUGAAGAUAUAAAUCAAUGUGAAUUUGUCUAUUUAAGAGAAUUCUUAAUUAGAACUCAUCUACAAGAUUUGAUCGAGACUACCGCGUUUGUUCAUUAUGAAAAAUUCAGAGCAAGACAAUUAAUUGCAUUGAAGGAAAAUGCUAACAAUCGUGCUUCCACUCAAAUGCAAAAUAACCCAAUGUAUCAACAUUAA